CACCAACAAAAAAAAAAAACUUUUAUGCACUAACGGAAAGAGGUUGGUUUGUUUUUCUUGUAGUGCGUGUUACCAACAACUUCCAAUUCCAAAUCCAAACACACACAGAAUCUAACCAGAAAAAGAGAGAUGGCUACUUGGGAACAAAUUGAACUUUCAGAAAGAUAUCUGGUGUGUUGUAUGUUUGAAGAAGCAGCAUCUUUAUCUUCCUCAAUUAUUGAGCAAUUGGUUGAGAAAAAUGGUAAAACUAAUGAAGAAGACAAUUGGGAGUUGUUGGAAUCAGCUGGCAUGGUUUUUGUGCAGUCCUCCAAAGAGCUUGGAAGGACAUCAGAAAUACUGAAGCAGCUGAAACUGCUAUUUGGUUCAGUCACUGCUAUUCCUGCCCAAGUUUUCCUUACUGGGGUGUGUCUCCAGAUACCAGAUGGCCCUUCUGCUGAAGUUCAAGAAAUUCUACAGGAAUUCCUUAGAAAGUGGAAACAUGUUGAUGGAAAGUAUUAUACUGUUGCAAGCAUGGAAGCUGAUGUACCUAACAUGGAAGAAUUCAGCAAUCAGAUUUCCCUUGGCGUUGAUAAGUACCUGGAAAUUGUUGAGCUCUAUGUGAUAACCUUCUUGGGGAGGUUUAUAGGAAAUUUAGAUCUUGCUAUCUCUUGGGUUGAGAAAGCCGCUCUACCUGAGGAGAAGAGGCAGGAUCUUUUGAGGCGGUUGCAUUCAAUGAAUACUUUAAAGCUUGGCAGUUCUUCGCAGUCCUCGGAAUUACCGCUCCAAGUAGAUGAAUGUACAACUGAUUCCACUGCCCUGAUUGAAGAAACAUCAUGCAAUGGAACAGCCAAUAUAUUGGAACACAAAGACCAGUCUAAGGGAGAGAACACCACUAAACAAUCACUUAUGGAGUUAUCUAGACGGAGAACUCCAUUUUGGUGGUUUCGUACCAUCACUUUGAAGUUCGGAAGCAGUCGCUUGGUCUUAUCAAAUGGAAGCAUCUUUCUUGGUUUUCUGGCAGCACUUGUGUACUAUAUUCUGCGGAGAAAACAAGCCUCUUUAUGGAGCAUUCUUAAGAGACAAGCUUCAUCUACGAAGAAGGCUUUGGUUGAUUUCUGGCAACUUGCAUUCUCGUAUCAAGUGAACCCUCUUGCUGCUGUUCAACCACUCCCACCUGCAACGCGUGGAAGCCGGUGAUGCACAAUUUUGUUCCUCAUAGUUGCUCAAAACAAAGAGCUGUUACUUGUAGAUAAAUAAAAGAUUACUGAAGAGAUUGCUUCUAUCAUCUUAAAUUGGAGUGGAACAUCCAGCAAUAUUAAUAAAGUUUGCUUCAAGUU